UCGGUUCCCCAGCGGGUGGUGAGGCAGAAAAUGCAGGGCGGAAAGAGGAGCCCCCGCACCUCAGAGCUGUCGGGCCCGGGAGGCAAAGCACAAGAGCGCUGUGGUGCCAGCGGCCGGGCUGGGUGGGGAUGACCUGCGGGUUUGCGCUGGACCCGACCCCAAGGGCGGUCAGGCGCAAGGGGGCGGGCGCUCCAUGCUCAGGUCGCGGGGCUAGGGCGGGCCGGCCGGCGGGGCAUUUAAACCCUGCUGACAGCCAGUCACGUCCGGGACACGCGCUCAGCUCCGCAGCCUCCUCCGUCGACUCAGUCUUGGGUACCGGUCGGGCAAGAUGCGGUCUUCUCUGGCUCCGGGAAUCUGGUUCUUCCGCGCCUUCUCCAGGGACAGCUGGUUCCAAGGCUUCAUCCUGCUGCUGACCUUCCUCAUUUACACCUGCUAUCACAUGUCCAGGAAGCCCAUCAGUAUCGUGAAGAGCCGCCUGCACCAGAACUGCUCGGAGCAGAUCAGACCCAUCAACGAUACUCGCAGUCUCAAUGACACCAUGUGGUGCAGCUGGGCCCCCUUUGAUAAGGACAACUACAAGGAGUUACUGGGGGCCGUGGACAAUGCCUUUCUCGUGGCCUAUGCCAUCGGCAUGUUCAUCAGUGGGGUGUUUGGGGAGCGGCUUCCACUCCGUUACUACCUCUCAGCUGGAAUGCUGCUCAGUGGCCUUUUCACCUUGCUCUUUGGCCUGGGAUAUUUCUGGAACAUCCACGUGCUCUGGUACUUUGUGGUCAUCCAGGUCUGUAAUGGACUCGUUCAGACCACAGGCUGGCCCUCUGUGGUGACCUGCGUCGGCAACUGGUUCGGGAAGGGGAAGAGGGGGCUCAUCAUGGGCAUCUGGAAUUCCCACACAUCUGUGGGGAACAUCCUGGGCUCCCUGAUUGCUGGCAUCUGGGUGAACGGGCAGUGGGGCCUGUCGUUUGUUGUGCCUGGCAUCAUUACCGCCACCAUGGGUGUCAUCACCUUCCUCUUCCUCAUUGAACACCCAGAAGAUGUGGACUGCACCCCUCCUCAACACCAUGGCGAGCCAACUGAGAACCAGGACAACCCUGAAGACCCUGGGAACAGUCCCUACUCUAUCAGGGAGAGCAGCCUUGAGACUGUGGCCAAAUGCUCCAAGGAGCCAUGCGAAGAGCCUGCUGCCAUCAGCUUCUUUGGCGCGCUCCGGAUCCCAGGCGUGGUCGAGUUCUCUCUGUGUCUGCUGUUUGCCAAGCUGGUCAGUUACACCUUCCUUUACUGGCUACCCCUCUACAUCUCCAAUGUGGCUCACUUUAGUGCCAAGGAGGCUGGGGACCUGUCUACACUCUUCGAUGCUGGUGGCAUCAUAGGCGGCAUCAUGGCAGGGCUCAUCUCUGACUACACCAACGGCAGGGCCACCACUUGCUGCAUCAUGCUCAUCUUGGCUGCCCCCAUGAUGUUCCUGUACAACCGCUUUGGCCAGGACGGGAUUACCAGCUCUAUAGUGAUGCUGAUCAUCUGUGGGGGCCUGGUCAAUGGCCCGUAUGCACUCAUCACUACUGCUGUCUCUGCUGACCUGGGGACGCAUAGGAGCCUGAAAGGCAAUGCCAAGGCCCUGUCCACGGUCACGGCCAUCAUCGACGGCACUGGCUCCAUAGGCGCAGCUCUGGGGCCUCUGCUGGCUGGGCUCAUCUCCCCGACGGGCUGGAACAAUGUCUUCUACAUGCUCAUCUCUGCCGACGUCCUAGCCUGCUUGCUCCUCUGCCGGUUAGUGUACAAAGAGAUCUUGGCCUGGAAGGUGUCCCUGAGCAGAGGCAGCGGCUCUAGUAUGGUCCUAACCCACCAGCGAUAGUAUUUUCAAGUCCCAUGACUUUUGUAUAAAGAAAUAUGAGGCCCUAAUUGGAAGAGCAGCAUGGAAGGUCCCAAUUGGGUCCCCAGUGUGCGCCCCAUGGGCAAGACCACUGAAACUUCCACAAGGAGGGGAGGCAAACCCUCUAUUAAACAGCCAGCCCAGCCCAGACCCAGGGCCUAAGAACACAGAUGUUUUCCAUGGGAAGGGGACUGCCAGGCAUGAGGAAAUAGAAGAUUCAACAGCCUGAGCUCUGGAAGCUGCAAGCAAAAGGGAUGGGACUGGGGCUGAGUUAUGUCACCAUUUUGAUAGGGAAGGAUAUGCCCAGACUCUUGCUUGUUCAGAUUCCAGGACAGAAGGCUCUACAAGGGCAAGGCCUGGAAAAUGAGCGACUCUCCUUCCCAUGUUAAAUUUUAAUCUCUAUAAUCCACCUGUAUCUAAUAGGUGGGCAUCUCACUCCAUCAAAGGAGCCCUGCCUUUCUUUGUCCCUCUAUCCAUCAAACAGUCUUCUCUGUGCAUUUCUGCAAGCUGGGCCCUCUCCACUUGGGCCUGUUGAUAACUCCAUUACUCACCCAUCAUGCUGGUCCUCCAGGGCCAGCACUCGGGUGAGGCAAGGGGGCUGCCUUGGGUACAUCGUUUGAGGGGGCACUCCCUCUUGGGCACUUGCUGGCCCUGAGUGCCUCCCUUGCCUCACUGGACCCAGUAUGUUGGACAUGACGGAUCCUGGCCCCAGAAUGUCCUCAGUGGAAGGUGACUGGGGGCCAGAGCAGUUGGGAGAGUAGAAAGAGGGGUUGGCAUGACUAAAAAUUCCAGUAUGUGUAUUAAGUAUUUUGAGAAUGAAAUGCUAAGGAGUGCCUACCGUGUGCCAGCUCUGCUGUGGGAAUGGAGUAGACAAUUGACACGAAAAGGACUUAUGCCCUGAGCAUAGGUGCCAAUGGUGCCAAGACUGGCAAGAUGUGAGGGCACCGCAUGGUUCAUUCGGGCAGCUGCUGCAGGUGCAGUCGCUUGGGGCCAUCUGCCGCCCCCCCUUUUCCACUUUUCAACAUCCUCCUUCCACCCCAAGUCCUGGAUCACUCGUCAUCUUCUGGCUAGCUCUUGGCAUCUCCAACUGACCCUAAAGCUGCCCAUCGGCACCAAUACAGAUUCCCUUUCACCU